GUAGGGGAGGUCAGCAUCGACUCUGCCCAGGCUCAUGGCUUCCUGUCUCAGUCACGCCCCAAACGGAACGUCGACCCGGACCCUAAGUGGCACCGCAGCAUGCCUGAUUUCCAGUCCUACUACAAAUUCUACAACAGCAUCGGCCAUAUUGAAGGAGUGAGUAAAGGGAUCACAUCAUGAGAGAGAUUUGUAUUUUUUUAUUGCGGUAUUAUAAUGAAUCUUAAACCAGAUUUAAUUUAGGUUAUUGUCAUCUGCCUAUCCCUCAACCAAUCUGAUCACUUAUUUUCUCUUUCCCUCCCUCUCUCAUUCUCAAAUCCUGUGUGGAUCUUUCUCUCUCUCCAUUUCUCCCAGCUGUAUGAGAUUGACAAGAUCAGGAUACUGUAUCAGCAGAUGCGUCACCUAGAGCAGGUCUAUGGCCCAGACGCCUCCAGCUACCAGAAUGCCCUGGGUGUGGUAACCCCACCACCUACCACCGCAGCUCCUACUACCACCACACUGCCUCCUACCACUCAGCCCCCUCCUACCACACCAGCCCCACUUUCUCUUAUUGAGGCUGAUGUCCUGUAUCUGUGUAACCCCAAAGACCCCCUCUGUAAAGCUCACAUCGUUUACCUGCCUGCAGGGGCCAUCCCAGUCCUCUGUGACCCACGCUACAACCCUACCUGCAAACCCCAAACCGGCAAGGUGGUCAUAGCUGCCGCCGCACCUGCAGAACCAGCUGUUGAAGCACCUCCCCCACCUCCACUCCCUCCUAAGAAGUCUCUCCCACCUCCUUCUCCUGCUCCCAUUGUCAUUAAAGGGAUGGAGUAUGACUGCGACCCUUACUGGGACCCUGACUGCUUGAUCGAUCACCCACCUCGCCCUGUCCAGGCGACUGAGCCACCACCACCCCCUACUCUCCCCCCUGUUGUGGUGGCCCCUGUUGAGGAGGAGGAGGAAGAGGAGGAGGAGGAGGAAGAGGAGGAAGAGGAGGAAGAGGAGGAGGUGAAAGAAGAAAUGGCCACCGAGGAGACCGUAGCGCCUUCUGACCCUUAUGAUUGGGGCCGUGACCUCUUUGACCCUUACCGCUAUUCCGACCCAGCACUUGACCCCCAG